UGUAGUUGGUCGGUACUAAUGUGUAUGGAGAUCGACCUGACUGCGUUCUUUUUCAUGUCUCGAGGCAAAUUACGAUAAAAAAAGCGGGUGGAACUCAGAGUUCUCUAACCAGUAUUUAAGCCGCGUCUCAUAUGCUCAGUCUUAGUAGAAGUAUCAGAUGAACUAAACGUGUGUGCCGGGGAAAUGUAUCGCCGAAAAAGGCGUGCAGCAUUCAUCAUUCUCUGCUUAGUUUUCAAAAGAUCUGCCAACAGGAUAGACACGCGCCAUUAAAGCUUCAUUCCACUUAACACCGAAUCAUCUUUACAUUCAGGGUUCAGCUCACGAUCAUAUCCAAAACUGUGACACCAAGAUUUUCCAGCACAAAUUUCGUAUCAUUCCAUGGAAUAUUUUAACAGACAGAAAAUGUGGGGGAAAAGAAAGAACAGCACUAUCCGAGCCCUCAGGAAUAUUAGAAUAGGUCUGCUUUUGCUGUUUCUUCUUGUUCAUGGCGGAGGAACGUGUGGGCCCGGUACGACGAACAAGGUACGACCCAUAGGAAGGAAGGUCGGGAUGAAACAAACUCAAAGAUUACCAGAUGCGGAAGAAUCGUCAGCUGCUGCAAGUGGUUCUUCUGAAGGCCCUGUAAGAAGAGGUUCUCCGAAGUACAAGGCUUUGAAAGUGGAAAUUAAUACAGACGUUAUUUUUAAAGAAGAUGGGGAAACGAACGAUAAUAAAAGAAUGACUCCGCGUUGCGCGGAGAAGUUGAAAAACCUGAUUCGUGGGGUCAUAAGACAAUGGGACGGUAGGGUCAAAGUUAGAGUGAUAAAGGCGUACUAUGCUGGCAAAGAGAAGAGAAAAAGGAGACACCCUCUUACUCUACAUUAUGAAGGACGAGCCAUAGACAUUCAAACAUCAGACUUGGACCAAAAGAAGUACCCGAUACUUGGACGUCUUGCAGUUAAUGCCGGGUUUGACUGGGUUUCAUACUCAAGUAAAAACUACAUUCAUGCGUCCGUGAGAGCAAUUGGACCUGACUUGGAAACCAAACCAGCCCAAACCGGAUGCUUCCAUUCCAAUUCUUCAGUCCGGUUACAGAGUGGAAUGACAGUCUUGAUGAAGGACUUAAAGAUAGGAGAUCGGGUGGCGACCUUAGAUGAUCAUGGAAAAAUCACCUACAAUCCAGUGAUUAUGUUUUUCCACCGAAAUCUAAACCUACGAAGCAAGUAUUUGAUCAUCAGUACCCUGAACCACAACGACAAAAAACUCGUAAUCACACCGACCCAUUUGAUCUAUAGAUUAAACCAACAAACACAGCAGGCAAGUGUGGUAUAUGCUAACCAAUUAGCAGUUGGAGACUACAUAUAUAUACGGAAUACCUCACACCCUCAUGAUCACAGCGUCGGUAUGCGACGAAUAACUUCUAUAAGCGCGAGUGAAUUAUCAGGAGUAUUUGCACCCCUCACUGAAACUGGCAACAUCCUUGUGGAGGAUAUAGUCGUGUCAUGCUAUGCUGUUUUUCCUAGUGAAACCAUUUCGCACUGGACAAUGUUCCCCGUGCGAUUUCUGGCGAGAAUUUUCCCAAACUUUUUCAACACAGAAGACGAAAUACCUUGGUAUCCGAGAAUGCUAUUCCAGUUUUAUUCGAAUGUGCGAAAAUGGAUUGGGAAUCCAUAGAAAAUAAUCUUCACAAUUCUAUUGUUUAACAACGAGGAAUUGAAGAACUUAUCACCAUGCUUAGACCAUGCAUCGAUAAACAAGAAUGAGAGCCGAACACUUCUGUGGUUAAAUGGCUUGAAUAUUUCGGAAGUUAUCAAAGACUCAGUCGCAGCGGUGGGUAAGUCUACUAUUAGUCAAUUAUGAAUAAAUCAGACAACAAAAAUCAAAUUAAAACGCCAUUACAGGUAACUGUGUGUUCUGCCAAUUCCACGUGACUCCUGAGACGUGUUAAUCGAACUGAUUAGGUUUAACACAUUGAGAUAGAUAUAAUUAGCUCAAUUAUGGCAAAUUAGCUGGAAACAUGCCGUGAUACCUUAAACACAAGCUGGGAGCAAGCUGUGAUAAUGAAAAUGGUGAUCAAAUACAACGUGCAGAGAACACUGACCCAAUCAGCCUUGAUUCUGGGAACCCUUUUGUACUGUCUUAAAGCUAGAGAUCCAGGUGAUCAUUCGACUUGAGACCGUAUCAGGUACACGUGGCCGUCGUCUUUGAAGUGGUCUGUCUUCGCCGCCUGGGUGCCUCAAAAAUACAAUAGGAUAUUAGCUAAAACAAAUAAUCAAUAUUAACGAGGGUUUCGGGCUAGGAGUAAGGGAAAAUGAUGCUGCAUUGAUGUACAAAGACAAGUGAAGGUCAACGAAACAUCUCUAUUUCAAAACUACGAAUCGGAUUUGUAGCAAGCGAAAGAUAGAAACCAUUGGAUCAAAUAUUUGUAAAUAUUAAUGUACAUAAUAAAUAAUAUCUUAAUAUACUUAUAGAGAUAUAAUCAAUUUACGAAAUAUACUUAUGUAUCCAUAAGGAUAGUCCACAGUAAUGGCUUUUGCCACACAUCUAUGUUAAAAUAUAUAGCGGCACUAUUUUGUUAGUGUCUUUGUAGGCUAGCUCACAGGCUGCAAUUCACUGCGCAUGCGUGGCAUCCAGAUUACUUAGAAUCUAAGCUACUUGAAAUCUAGGCACGCAAUGCAUUGUUUGUCACCGCGAAAAUUUACUAGUAUUUUCUUUCAUCUCUUUUCAAAACGAAACAUGUUCCACCAACAACAACAGGAAAAAUACAAAUCAAAAAGAUAUUUGGUAAAUGAUCUUUCCGCGGAAGUUUUAUUUUCUUUAUUUUUGAGUAAAAGGUGUUGUUUGUCGAGCUGAAAACCUGGAACUAGGAAAGAUUGAGCUACGAACAAAAUGCUCGCUGAUUGGCUAAUUCGUUCUGGAUUCGACCGAACAGUUGCGCGGAGAUUCAUCGACGGCAUAACGUAUCGGAGAACAAUCUCAUCCUCAGAAACUUGGUCAACACACCAAGAGUAACGCAGGUUCUGAGAAUGAAAUUGGUGUCGCAGAUUUUAGAACCCCUGCAAUGAGUUCCGAGAGGAAUUGUUCUGGGGGACCAAACAAUAGAUUUUUUUGCCAAGAAAAGACGGCCUAUUAUUUGUCCCCAAAACAAUUCCUCUAGGAAAGGGGUGUAUUGUCUCGUUGUAGAGAAAGUUUGAACACCCCCAAAAUUGCCCUGGAUGCAUGGUUGUUGUGCGCAGAAGUUGCUUCGUGUGUAGUGUACUAAAGGAAAAAAAACUGCGACAGACAUUAUUUACAGGCUUUGACUUUUUAGUGAGUUAAAAAGCAUAGUUAUUUGGUGCAGCUGAAGCUCAACUGUUACUAAUUAAAAAUGUUUUUACUUCAAGAUUUAUUUUCUCCGAAUGUUUUGUGCCCACUGUAAAAGACAGAGGCUGAAGCUCAAUGGCGCAUUGUUUUUACCACGAUUAUUACACUAAUACAAGCGAUACAGACCGUCAUAGCGAGGCAUAAGGCGGUUUCAUUGUCGACAAAGAAUAUUAUUUAUUGUAAAUAUGAAUUCAUUUACUAAAUCUUUUAAAUGUGAGCAUUAUAGAAUCUCUAGCCGAAAGUAGAUACAAAGCUGACAGUUGAUAAAAAUGGGUAAAUUCACCUUACACAGAGUCCCGAGAGGAAUUGUUUUGGGGGACAAAACAAUGGAUUUUUUUACAUAAGCAAAGAGGGCCUAUUUCAUUGUUCCCCAGAACAAUUUCUCUUGGAAAGCAAUGCAGGGGGUAUAUAAAGCUGUCAAACAUCAGAGAAAUCACGAGAAAGGUUUACUAGGUCUAGACAAGGUACGUUUCUAUCUGAAAGGUUAGUAUUACGAUGUUCCUCGAUAGGUUUCUCGACCAAUAGCCGGGGUUACGAAGCAAAUGCACAAAAUUAUUUUUGAAUUCUUUUUUUGGUUUUUGUGAAACUGAACGUAUUAAAACUACGAUAUAAUUGUGUAAUAAAGAGAAAAACAGCUGAGAAAUAAGUAAUAUAAUGCAAUGAAUAUGGCCAUGAAUUUAUUUGGUACUGGAUCUAACGUGAUUGAAUCCAGUGCAAAGAGAAAACGUAUGCAAAAUGUGGAAAUUGACGACGCACACUUCGGUACCAUAGUAACUAGCCUUGUGGAACUUCUUACCGGGAAAGCCUAACAGAUGUAUAGAUGUUAAUGUAGAAAUUAAGGGAUAAAACUAUUGAUAGAGAUAUUGGUCACAUACGUUACUGUAAAUGUGGAUUUGUCUUGACAAGGGUGAUUUUGACCACCUGAAUAAUAUUAUGCAUUAAAGAUUCAGAGAUCAGUGUA